UUCUUUGUUUCAGUCGGUGCUGUUAAUAGUAGCUAUCUUUUGCGACGGAGGCGGAGGCGCAAAAGAACACGAGAAAAAUGUCAACAACACCCAAUUCCAAUAGCAACAACACCAGUGGUAACAAGCAGCCACAGCAACAGCACCAGCUUCAGCAAGACACAUACAGCAGCGACAGCAGCAGCAUUGAAGAGAACUCGGACGAGGCCGCCGAGGAGCGGAGAAGACGCAUAUCGAAGAAUCGCUCCCGGCUGCAACGCCCCCUGAAUAAAUCUCAACACACAAUGUCCAGCGGAGGAGCCAUACCGAAGCACGAUGGCAAGUGCCCAGGAGGCGCCUCGACAAGCCAAGCGGCUGCGUCAGGUGUAGCUGGUGGGCGCCAGGUUGUGCCGCCAGAGCGGAUUUCCAUGCUAGUGGAUGGGGUCCGUUUUACGGUGGAGCAAUCGCUGCUCACCGCCCACCCCACUACCAUGCUGGGCACCAUGUUCGGUUCAGGCUUCCAGUUUGUCCAUCCUAAUGAGCGGGGUGAAUACGACGUUGCAGACGGCAUCUCGCAUUUAGUAUUUCGCGCAAUUUUGGAGUACUACAAAAGUGGCGUGAUCCGCUGUCCCCCAAGUGUAUCUGUUCCUGAGCUGAAGGAAGCCUGUGAUUAUCUUCUGAUACCCUUUGACGCAACUACCGUACGCUGCCAGAACCUAAGAGGUCUUCUUCACGAGCUCAGCAAUGAAGGAGCACGUCAGCAGUUUGAGUUGUUUCUCGAGGAUCUUAUACUGCCAUUGAUGGUGGCCUCAGCACAGCGUGGCGAUCGUGAGUGUCAUGUGGUUGUGCUUCUAGAAGAUGACAUGGUCGACUGGGAUGAGGAAUUUCCACCCCAAAUGGGCGAGGAGUAUUGCCAAACCGUUCACAGCACAGCCAUGCAUCGAUUCUUUAAGUAUAUCGAAAACCGGGAUGUGGCAAAGCAGGUUAUGAAGGAUCGCGGCCUGAAGAAGAUACGGUGCGGCAUAGAAGGUUAUCCUACACACAAGGAGAAGAUUCGGCGACGACCAGGCGGGCGAGCCGAGGUCAUUUAUAGCUAUGUCCAACGUCCUUUUAUCCACAUGUCCUGGGAAAAGGAGGAAGCCAAGAGUCGUCAUGUCGAUUUUCAGUGCGUCAAAUCGAAAUCCGUUACGAAUCUCGCCGAAGCAAACGCCGAUCCUCCCUUAGAAUUGGAUGCAAGUGGAAAUCCCAUUCCGCCCAUUGCUGCGGUGAAUCCAAACCAAAAUAAUGCAGAGCUUGCAGUCGUGCCUGCAGUUGGUGCCGCUGCCGCUGCAGUGGUCGCCGUGGACGAGGCAGCCGGUGGGGUUAUGAUGAUCAACGAUUUGGAACAAGCGGCCGCAGCGGUUGCCGGUGCUGCUGGCAUCGCGGAUGAGAACGUGUGAGGGAACGGACCGAAAGCUUUUAGCCGAAGGAAAAGCACUGCCAGUAAGCAGCGACGCACAGAAACCCCUUUCUACGUUUUUCAUGAACAUUUUUAUAUGCAAUUAAAUUCAAAAGUCGAAAACAAA